AUGUCUCGUCCCCAGGCUUCCUUUAGCCCGACACAGAUCUUUGAGGAGGGAACGACCGAGGAAAAGGGCGAGAAUGCCCGUUUGUCGGCGUUCGUGGGCGCCAUUGCCGUGGGCGACCUGGUCAAGAGCACGCUGGGCCCCAAGGGCAUGGACAAGAUCCUGCAGUCGGCGUCGACGGGCGACAUUAUUGUGACCAACGACGGCGCGACAAUAUUAAAGUCGAUUGCGCUCGACAACGCCGCAGCCAAAGUGCUGGUCAACAUCUCCAAGGUGCAGGACGACGAGGUGGGCGACGGCACCACGUCCGUGGCCGUGCUGGCGGCCGAGCUGCUGCGCGAGGCCGAGAAGCUCGUCGACAAGAAGAUCCACCCGCAGACCAUCAUCGAGGGCUACAGAAUAGCCAGCCAGGCGGCGCUGGCGGCGCUCCAGGCGUCGGCCGUCGACCACAGCAAGGACCCCAAGGCCUUCCGCAAGGACCUGGUGGCCAUUGCGCGCACGACGCUGUCCUCCAAGGUCCUCGCCCAGGACCGCGACCACUUUGCCGAGCUCGCCACCGAGGCCAUCCUGCGCCUGGGCGGUACCGUCGACCUGACGCACAUCCAAAUCAUCAAGAAAACGGGCGGGAAGCUCAGCGAGUCGUACCUCGACGAGGGCUUCAUUCUGGACAAGAAGAUUGGCGUCAACCAGCCGAAGCGUCUCGAGAAGGCCAAGAUCCUGGUCGCCAAUACGUCCAUGGACACGGACAAGGUUAAGAUUUUUGGCGCGCGCGUCAAGGUCACGACGACGAGCAAGCUGGCGGAGCUUGAGAAGGCCGAGCGCGACAAGAUGAAGGCCAAGGUGGACAAGAUCAAGGCACACGGCAUCAACUGCUUCAUCAACCGCCAGCUCAUCUACAACUGGCCCGAGCAACUGUUUGCCGACGCCGGCAUCAUGUCCAUCGAGCACGCCGACUUUGACGGCAUCGAGCGCCUCGCUCUGGUCACGGGCGGCGAGAUCGCCUCGACCUUUGACCACCCCGAGCUGGUCAAGCUCGGCAGCUGUGACCUGAUCGAGGAGGUCAUUAUUGGCGAGGACACGCUGAUCAAGUUCAGUGGUGUCGGUGCCGGCCAGGCCUGCACGAUUGUCCUGCGCGGUGCCACCGAGCAGCUGCUGGACGAGGCCGAGCGCAGCCUGCAUGACGCGCUGGCGGUGCUGUCGCAGACGGUCAAGGAGCCGCGGACGACGCUGGGCGGCGGCUGCGCGGAGAUGCUCAUGGCCAAGGCCGUCGAGAGCGCGGCGACGCGCGUCGAGGGCAAGCGGCAGAUGGCUGUGGGUGCGUUUGCGGUUGCGCUGCGCCAGCUGCCGACGAUCCUGGCAGACAACGCCGGUCUCGACUCGGGUGACCUGGUGGCGCGCCUGCGCAAGACCAUCUACGACGGCAUGGCGACGUACGGCCUGGACCUGAUGACGCCGGGCGGUGGCGUGACGGACAUGCGCGAGCUCGGCGUGAUUGAGAGCUACAAGCUGAAGAAGGCUGUGGUGUCGUCGGCAAGCGAGGCGGCCGAGCUGCUGCUACGUGUGGACGACAUCAUCCGGGCGGCACCCAGGCGGCGGGAGCGGAUGUAA